UUACCACAAAGAAAAAAAAAUUAUUCGGAUUUAUUCUUCAGUAAGUUUCAGUCACUCGAGGCAUCUUUUGCUGCUACAUCAGACUGGAUAUUGCACGGUACAACUUUAGCUACCAAUCACCUUUUGCUGAUUAUUGAUUCCCAAUUACCAAUUACCUCAGUCUGUUAAUGGAUAAAAAAAAAAAAUAGUUUGAUUGUUUAGUUAGUCAAGAUGAUUAGAUUCUGAUGAAAAUAAAUAUCCAUAACCAGGAUAUGCUAUUAUAUGAAGGACUUGAUGAUAUUGAGACGGCGCAAGAGCUCUAGGAGUAAAGGAAAAUAAAAGCACCAGCGGAAACAUAAGCGAGCCAGUCUAUUGGCAAGCGCCAACCAGACUAUUAACACGCGUUUAGUCGAGCAAUUCAAUAAUACACAAGUGGUAAUAAUUUGAAUUGGGAAUGGCAGAGGCUUUGAUAACAAACGGGACAUCGACGACUCCACUUGAUGGGAACGUUGUACUCGAGCUCCUCAAUCAUAUUAAUGAGAUCAAUGACUCGUUAUUCAGUAAGGAGAUCGAGUGCUUAGAGGCUAAACACCAGGACAGUACUAGUCCAACGACAGAUGUUUGUCCGGUCGACUGGGAUUCAUUGCUAUGCUGGCCAAAAGCUCCUGCUGGUACACAUGUUAAAUUACCGUGUUUUGAUCAACUGUAUGGCAUCCGAUACGACAGCUCACAAAAUGCUAGUCGAUGGUGUUGGCCAAAUGGUACUUGGGAUAAUCGUACCGACUACUCACAUUGUCAUGAGCUGAAAUUACCAGACGUUGAGUCCAGCGUUGAGAUAACAACAACUUUAUACUUUGUAGGAUAUGUUUUAUCACUAUCAACACUCAUUGUCGCAGUUGCCAUUUUCCUUUACUACAAAGAGCUCAGAUGUCUGAGGAAUAAUAUUCACACGAAUCUUAUGUUUACGUAUAUCCUUGCUGACCUCACAUGGAUCCUUACCACAGUAAUGCAGGUUUCAAUGCAGUCAGAUAUUCCAUCUUGUAUAAUAUUUAUAUCACUGCUCAAUUAUUUUCAUCUGACAAAUUUCUUCUGGAUGUUUGUUGAAGGUUUAUAUCUGUAUUUAUUGGUCGUAAAAACAUUCACUGGUGAUAAUAUUAAACUCCGUCUUUGUCUUGUCAUAGGAUGGGGUGCUCCAAUCUUUGUAAUUGCUGUCUGGUGUAUUGCUAAAUCAACUGUCGUUAAUGUCGAAAGUAGUAAUCAAAACGUAGCACUGUAUCGGCAUUGUCCCUGGAUGGUUUAUCAUCCUUAUGACUGGUUCUAUCAGGCGCCGGCUAUUACGGUCCUCGGAAUAAAUGUUAUCUUCCUUUUCAUGAUCAUGUGGGUUUUGAUAACAAAACUACGCUCGGCAAAUAAUGUCGAGACUCAGCAAUACAGAAAGGCAAGCAAAGCACUGCUUGUUCUCAUUCCACUUCUGGGAGUGACAUACGUAUUGGUAAUUGCUGGACCAACUGAAGGGGAAGUUGCCAAUAUUUUUUCUUAUGCUCGGGCUAUUCUAUUGUCAUCCCAGGGAUUGUCAGUAGCACUUUUUUACUGUUUUCUAAAUACAGAAGUUCAAAACACAGUGAGACAUCAUUUUUCCCGAUGGAGCGCUGCAAGGAACUUAGGAAUGGAUAGAAAGUAUUAUAAUAAUUGGUCACCACGUUCUCGUACCGAAAGUAUAAGGCUUUAUUGUCAGCCGUCAGUUCCAUACAAAAAACGAGAAUCAACGGCGAGUGAGACAACGACCACAACUGUCGUUGGAAUGAAUUCGACAACAACAUUUCUCGAUCGAUCACGAGCCACUAUCUCCGAAGAACUUAAUGAGUGAUCAGUUAUUACACUCAAUCAUAACUUUUAUUUGAUAAGUCGUUAAAUAUAUCACAAUUCAUAACUCAUAACUCAUAUCAUUAUUAUGAAUUACUAAGUUUCAUCAUCGCUAAUAAAAAUAAUCUAUAAAAUAUUAUUUUUUAAAAAUAUAAAUUUUAAAUAUUUUUUCAUUCGCGCGCUCGCAAUGUGAAAAUUGUCUUCCGUCUUUUAAUAUUAUUAUAAAUCACGCUAUCAUAUAAAAACAAAUAACUAAAAUUAUUUAUAAAUUUUAAAUACGAGCUAUUGUAUUUGAUUUAAGUUUAAAAUAAAAUAAGGGCAAUGGGCUCUAUCAUUGUACCUGAAAUUUUCAUGUAUAAAAAAAUAAAAUGACUGAAAAAAAUGAUACUGAAGUUAGCCGACUUCUAAUAAAUUUUUGAUUUUUAUUUAGACGAUAAACUGUAAAAAAAAAUAUUUGAAAAAAUUGCACCUGUAGUUUGUUAAAUUUGCUAGGAGUGCAUAUUUUUAUUUUUUUUUUUUUUGUAAUUAAUUUGUUGAAAAAAAAAUCCAAAAAUUACUAAUUGUCUGCUAACUUCAGGAUCAUCUGAAAAAAUUAAUUAACUAUUCUUUUUUUUUUUUUAAUUAUACGGAAAAUAUCGUUCGAGACGACGAAAAAAAUAGUGGUAAAGUUUGGGCUCUUAAUAUUGAUAUUAACAACCGCCUCAUCGUAAUUUUUGAUUCUCCAUUUAAAUACGGGAAACAUUUUUUUUUAGUUUGGAAUUUUAUCACUCAGCGAAUCAGUGUAUCAGAAAAAUCAAUAGACAUUUUCUUUGGAAAUUGAACACUCUACAGAAAAAGUCUCUUAUUAUUAUUUGAUAAAUUUAAUUUUUCAAAAGUUAUUCAAGUCAACGUUCAAUUCAUAGCAAAUUUUAGUAUCAUUUAACUUUUCCGGCAAAAAAUGAGACUUUUCGUGAAAUAUUAUAGGACUUUUUGAAAGUUCUUUAGUUAUUUGCAUUUAAAAGAAAAUAAUUAACAUUGGCCAGAAUAAGAUUUCUUGGAAAAAAUUGGAAUUUAAAUUCAAAUACUUAAAGAGCAUUCAGGAAUUUUGAAAAUUUUAUGAAAAAUAAGUUGUAGGAAAUAAAUCCUCUGUCCGUCACGCGGUCUCGUCACCCUUCGUUCGUCGCGCCGCGGUGUUCCACUGUCAUGUAUUUAAUAUUUCAAUGUUGCUAAGUAUCAUAACUAUGAUUUUUCAAAACUAAAACCACACCUUUAUACGACUAGACAAUUGCAAAUUUUUUUUUCUAAAAUAAAAAUUUUGUAUUAAAUAAAAAUAUUAAAGAAAAACUGCACGGAAAAUCCGAACGAAUUCAACGCCUCAGUUUACUCGCGUCAGCGGCAAAUCGCCGCGUUUCUCAGUUUUUCUAACAAAAAAAAUUAUUUUUUAAAUAUUUAAAAUAUCGGAAAAAUAAUUAUCAUUUAUUUAUUCGAUACUAAAAAGUAUAGUAGAAGAACUCGUAGAAUUUCAAAAGGCUAGGACAUUUAUUUUCAUUUUAAAUAAUCUUUUAAUAAAAAUCGCUCAUAGCGCGACGGACAGAGAGUUAAAUUAUCUACAAAAAAGUCUAAUAGCUUCGCUGAAAAAGUCAAAUUAUACUUAAAUUAACUGUAAAUUGAACUUUAACCUUGAAAAGUUAUUCAACUUUUGAAAAAUUAAAUUUAUCAAAAAAUAAUAGACCUUUUCUGUAGAGCGUUCAAUUUCCAACGAAAAUGUCUAUUGAUUUUUCUGAUACACUGAUUCGCUGAGUGAUAAAAUUCCAAAUUAAAAAAAAAAAUUUCCCAUAUUUAAAUGGGGAAUCGAAAACUGCGAUGAGGCUGUUGCUAAUAUCAAUACUAAGAGCUCAAACUUGAACAGUAUUUUUUUUUCAUCAUCUCGAACAAUAUUUUCCGUAUAAUUUUCUAAAAGAAAAAUAGUCGAUUUUUUUGAAUCAGUCUAAUAUAUAUAAUUGUAAAUGUAUAUGUAUAUUAAAGAAAUAUUUAUUAUCAACUAAUAACUAUUGUGAGAUAUUAAAAAAAAAUUAUAAAAUAUAAAAACAAAAAUCUUUUAACGAAAAUAAAAAAAAUGUUUAAUAAAUUAAAUUAUUGCCCCUGAAAUUUUAAUUUAAUUAAUUACUAAAUCAAUUUCGGCACUCAGUACUCGGUAUUUAUGAACAAGCGAACGAUCGCAGCUGAUAUUAUAUUUAAAUUAAAAAUAAAUUAAUUGGAC